CCCUCGACGCUGUGCGCGCGCUCCUUUGUUUCCCUCUCGACCUAUUCCCUCACCUGCGCUAUCCAUCGCCCGCUUUCAACCAGCACCUUCGCUCUCGUAUUUGUCGCCUACCAUGGCUCCGCCCCCGAACCCGAACCUGCCUCUCAAGGAGAGACUGAUUGCCCUCGCCCAGACGCUGCAGUUCGCUUGGUUCGCUGGUCACCUCACACUGAUCCUCACCACCAUCCGAUAUGGCUUUUCGUGGCUUCGCAUGAACUACUACGGCGGCAUGGCCCAGUUCUCCUACCGAACUUCCUUUGUCGCCGCUGCCCUCACAUACGGUAUCGUCGUCUACAAGACCCAGCGCGCCCGCGCAAAGAGCGGCACCCGCGCGCCCGGUGGUUACAUUGGCCUCCUCGCUGAUGAGAAUGUUCAAUACCUUGCCAUGGCAUUGAUCUGGCUCUUCUGUCCCCAGUAUCCGCUCGCCCUCCUGCCCUACUGCAUCUACUCGGUCUUCCACGUCGCCACCUACUCCCGCGCCAACCUCAUCCCCACCCUGCUUGCUCCCAAGCCCGCCCCCGAGGCUGACGGCGCCUCGCCCGGUCGCAAGCCCACCGUCGUCAGCCCUCUGGCCGACCAGAUCGGUGCCUUUGUCAAGGAAUACUAUGACGCCUCCAUGUCCGUCGUCUCCAGCCUCGAGAUCCUCCUCUGGUUCCGCAUUCUUCUCUCCGUCAUCUUCUUCCAGCGCCGAUCCUGGAUCCUUAUCGCCCUGUACACUGCCUUCCUCCGUGCUCGCUACAGCCAAAGCAGCCACGUCCAGACUUCGUUCUCUCAGCUCGGUGCCCGUGUCGACUCCCUUGUCGGUGCUCAGGGAACUCCCCCCGCCGCCCGUCAGAUCUGGGGAACCCUCAAGGAUACGGCCAAGCAGUUCCACGAUGCGACCGACCUCAGCAAGUACAUUAGCACUGGUGCCCCAGCCAAGAAGACCUCAUAAAGGCAUCGUGCCCCAUGCAAUUUGGAAACUCUUUUAGUGCGCCGAACCGCAUGCAUGCCCCGCAAGUUUUCGACCUGAACGAGAUACGACAAGACAUGUACCAUGACACUAC